AUGUGGUCGCGUUCCGUCGCAUAUACAAGGCUCGUGUCGAGGCCUUCCUUUUCUCCCCCAGUACUCCUUUAUCGAGGGUUCGCCACCAGUCUAUCCAGAAUGCAGCAUAAAGUUGUCGUCAAAAAUCCCGUCGUCGAGCUCGAUGGCGACGAGAUGACCAGGAUUAUCUGGAAGAAAAUUAGGGAGGAGCUCAUCCUCCCUUAUCUUCAACUAGACAUCAAAUACUAUGAUUUGGGUCUGGAGCACCGUGAUGCUACUGACGACAAAGUCACGACUGACUCAGCUGAAGCCAUCCUGAAGUACAAGGUCGGCAUUAAGUGCGCGACGAUCACGCCGGACGAGGCUCGUGUGAAGGAGUUCAACCUCAAGUACAUGUGGAAGAGCCCGAACGGGACCAUCAGGAACAUUCUCGGUGGCACCGUUUUCCGCGAACCCAUCAUCCUCAAGCGGAUUCCCAAGCCCAUUCCAGGGUGGAAAAAUCCAAUUAUCAUCGGACGACAUGCGUUCGGUGACCAGUACAAGUCAACGGACUUCGUCGCGCCUGGUCCGGGCAAGCUGCAGCUUGUAUUCAGGCCAGUGGAUGGCAGUGAGCCGACCGUCCUUGAUGUGUACGAUUUCAAAGGCAAGGGUGUCGCGAUGGCCAUGUACAACACUGAUGAGUCAAUUACUGGCUUCGCGCACGCAUCGUUCAAGAUGGCGCUGUCGAAGAAGCUCCCCUUGUUCCUGUCCACGAAGAACACCAUCUUAAAGAAGUACGAUGGACGCUUCAAGGACAUUUUCCAAGAGGUGUACGAAACCACAUACAAGAAGCAGUUCGAGGAGGCUGGCAUCUACUACGAGCACCGCCUUAUCGAUGACAUGGUUGCGCAAGUGAUCAAGUCAUCAGGCGGUUUCGUCUGGGCGUGCAAGAACUAUGACGGCGACGUUCAGUCGGAUAUCCUUGCCCAGGGCUUCGGCAGCUUGGGCAUGAUGACCAGUGAGCUUAUCACGCCUGACGGCCAGAUUAUUGAGAGCGAGGCCGCGCACGGUACCGUGACGCGCCACUAUCGCGAGUGGCAGAAAGGCAACGAGACGUCUACGAACCCGGUUGCGUCGAUCUUCGCCUGGACGCGUGGCCUGCUCCACCGCGCGAAGCUGGACGGCAACAAGGAGCUACGCCUGUUCUGCCAGGAUCUCGAGGCGGCAUGCGUGGAAGUCAUUGAUGACGAUGGCAUCAUGACCAAGGACCUCGCGCUUGCGAUUCAUGGAAAGAACAUGAAGCGCGAGCACUGGGUUGUCACGGACAAGUACAUGGACGCUGUCAAUGAGAAGCUCAAGAAGAAGUUAGCGGCACGUCGGGCGCUCUGA